CAAACUUAUAAGUACAUACAUAUAUUAUUAUAUGACAUACGACGUGUAUCUCAUACUGCCAUACAUAAGUUGUAUUGUGUCAUUUCAAAAAUUACUUCGCAACAAUGCGUUCGGAUUUGAAGGUUGGGUUGCGCCGAUAUAGCUUAUUAGGUGGAUGGCGGCGUUUACUUUGUUGAUGUCUAUGGGCCCUAAUCACCUAACACCGAUAGGUUGUGAGCUCGUUCACUCCUCUAAAUAAAAAAGGACAAUAAACAGCCUGGCGAUAAGCGAUGCGUAGAUUCUAAUAAUAUUCUUUCGGUGCCAUUAAAAAAUACUUAGGCCAUUGAUUGGUUUUUCGUUUAUCACGUACCAAAUACAUUAAUGUACAAUUUGUACAAUAUUAAAUAAAAAACCGCGAUGCACGUCACUAGUUAUAUCAACAAAUAUAGAUAUUCUGCAAUCAAGUCUACCUGUAUUGACGAUGUGCAGUAUCGCUGCGCCCUACGCUACGAUUUCGCCACGCCCAUCACUUUGCGCCGCCGCAUUACCGAUCCUGGGCGCCUGACUUCAGUUUCUGACACGGAUUUAUAUCAAGUUUAUUGGCUCAAAUUUAAAUUAAGGCUUCCUAGACGACGGCAACUACACAGGACAAUUGCGCAUAUGAGGCAAUACAAAGUUCCCGAGUAUAGGGGAUGAAGAUUCUGUCAAUUUUCGGCCAUCGCCGAACUUCAGACUUAUGAAAAAAUACUUAAAAUACAAGAUCGGGGAGGAGAGUCACUCGCCCCAAUAUCAUGGAGUAGCAGAAAUCUCAGAAGCAGAAGCGAUGAAAAGAAAGAAACAUGAGCAGACAGAGAAGGUUCAUCCACCAUUACCUAACCGCCCACCGCUGCCGCCGCCGGAACCACUCCUUGCAAAUUUCAAAAAGGAAAUCAAUGAUGACGAGGAGACACCUUCAAUAACCAUAAAUAUCAAGAAAGAUCCAACUGAGAAUUAUGAAAAGCCUAAUGACGUCGAAGAGACCAUGUGUCGUAAUUUUGUGCGUAACACUUGCAAUCGUGGUGCGUCAUGUAGAUAUCUCCACAAAAUAAUACAUUCCCAACUUAAAGGAGUUUACAAAUUCUGUAUUGAUUUUGAAAAUAAAAAGUGCACACGUGCAGAAUGUUCAUAUGCUCACGCCACAGUGCACGAGAAAGAACAUUUCUUCAGAACGGGCUAUUUACCACCAAAUACAUUGAGCCAUAUUAAGAAAAAAACAGUCCUACCUCCAGCUAAAACCAAAGAAACAUCAUCCGAGCUGUCGGCGAAUUAUACCGGCACUACAUACCCUCAUAGCACCACUUCUGUUCCGAUGUACACAAAUGCUUCGAAUAUAAGCAUGAUGCAAAAUCCAUACGAGAAGCAAUGGCCGGAAAUGGAAGACAAAACGUCGCCCGAGAUGGCAUAUUAUAGUGGGCAUCCAUCUUAUCCUCACAGUACGAGCACAGGUUACCCAAACGCUCCGCCCAAUACGCCUAUAGUGCAAAAUCCAUACGCCACUGUAAUGUCUCCUACGAAGAGGCAGUGGACAGAAAUGGAAGAACCCGUGAGUCAACCCACGCACGAGUACGCAGAGUACGCUGAAAUGGCUGGAUCCAAGAAAUGCAGAAACUGUGACGUCAACGAGUUCAGAUUCCAGCAUAACAAAAACAAAAUCAUGAAAAUGAUAAAAGACACAGACGACUUGAAUCAUCGCGUGGGGCAAAUAACUAAAAAGAACACUAAAUUGAAUGAAGUACUUGUGCUGCUCGUCGAAGUUGUGACCGAGCAUUGUAACCCGGGCAUCACUGACGAAACGAAUUUUGAUGGAAGUGCAAUGGCUGAAGAAUCUGAAGAGUCUGACAUGUUAUCGGGAGACAUGAAUUAUUAUUAAAUUAGUAUUAGUUACGAAUUUAUUAUUGCAACUAUUGCAAUUAUUCUAACGAUUAAGACAACAUUUAGAUUCCAGAUACAAAACGCAAAAUACACCAUAAUAAGAAACUUUUCUUUCCUACUUUAUUUUUUAACAAGUGCGAUAAGUUUUUUAGUCCACAAACUGGUUGUGUAUAAUGAAAGCAACUAUGUUUUCAAUAUUAGCUAUAAAGUAAAAAUGCAUUAGAAAUGAAUAAGAAAAAAGUUAAAUAAUAAUUUUACCUCUUUUUGGCUUAGGUGUUUUAUGAAAACAACUUUAUUAUAAUAAUAAAAACAAAAUCAUUAUAACAUAUGACACAGAUUCCAUAUGAUGAAUACUAGAAUCAAGACCGGUGAUAGCAUCAACACCGUUAUAGUACAUACUGCAAUAUACACAAUAUGCUCAGUUACAGUUAUCAAUAAUUUAUUUAAACAUUACUGAUAAACGGAUCUGUGUCGAAAUCAACGUGUGACGUCAUGAUACCAUUGUAUAAUAAACCUAAAGAUUAAGUAUUGAUAUUGGCUAAACACGCGUGUAUGUUAAAACCUUAACGGGUUUACGUAUUAAAACUUAUUCGUAAAUAGGUUCAUAGAACUGAGGAUGAGACAACUUAGUCGUUACAGGCUUAUUUUUAAAGAAAUUUGGAGGACUUGCUUAAGAACUGGGAAGAUGAAUUCAAAGAUAUGUACCCGUUACACACACAUUGAGAAACAUUAAUCAAAAUCUCAACUACCCCCAUUUUGAGUUUUGCAGGUUAUAAAUACAUUUUUACCUCAAGACAAGUCAGAGAGCUUGCAGAAAAUGGGCAUGUCUAUUUUUCAUGGUAUAUUUUAUAAUAUAGAUAACUUCUUUUGAAUUCGUCACCAUCAACAAUUAUAAUAUUCACAAAAGAUCCCAAGGGUCAAGAUUGCAGGCAAUACUUAACCGGAUCUUAAACAGCUCUUUUCGAUUGGAUACACUCCGUAUUUUAGAGGAUAACAAACCGAACACUGGUGUCUGAAUGUUGUUUUAAAUAAUAUAAAUAUUAUUGUAGAUUUCUCGAAACAUUACUAUUUUAUCGUAUG